GCAACUCUAUUGGGGCGCGUUAGUAUCAACAGGGUGCACCGCAUAAGCGACUCUCCUGUACGUGGACGGCUGUGACGGCUGACUUACUGUGGCCGCCCCAGUCAAGACAAACCGCAGACAAACGAGAUGUCCGUAGCAGUCCUGCAAGCUUGGGAGGGGCGCUUCCUCAGCGGAGAGCUCAGCGAUUGCGAUGUGGUCUUCUUCCUGGAGCCCGAGUGUGCUGGCUCACCGCUGAUGGGGCCCUACGCCCUCUCCACCCAAGCCGACGGCCGGGUACUCGUCGGCGCCCCGCUGGCCGCGCACACCCGCAUCCUGUGCGACGGGUCAGAGCUUUUCCCCGCCGAGUUAGAGCGCUGGCGGGUUGCAGCUGCGGACGCAGAUGGCGAUAGCGGAGGUGCCAGCUGCUCGGGCGGCGAAGGGGCAGCGGGCGCUGACGCAGCGACAGGGGGCGCCGAGGCAGCGGCCGGGGGCGCUGAUGGGGCCAGGCCCGCCAAGCGGCAGCGCGUGGCGGCGGCCGCGGGUCUGGCGGCGGGAGGCGGCGGGCGGCCGCAGCUGCACGUGGGGCUGUGGGCUCCCGGGGAACGGCGGCUGGCGGAGGCGCUGCUGCGCUUCAUGUACUGCGGCGUGUUGCGCCUCAGCACCAUGCCCGACCUGCUGCGGGCGCGGCCGGUGGCGCUGCGCCUAGCCAUCGAGGGCGGUGUGCAGGCCUGCGACGACGGUGUGCGGGCCUCGCUCGGGGCGGCAAAGGCGGCGGGCAAGGCGGCGGUGCAGGCGGUGCUGUUGGACCUCUACGCCUGCCGCGCACUGCUGCCUGACCCCGACGACGCUGCGGGCGCUGACCCCACCGGGCCCGAGCUGCGGCGGGACGUGCUUACCUUCAUUCGGGCAGCUGUGGUGCAGCGCUGCAAAGACAUGUACCGCGCUGGUGGUGCUGCCCGUGCUGCUGGUGGGGCGGCUCCUGCUGGGGCGGCGGCGCCACCUGCGGCUGGCGUGGCAGCGGCUGCUGCUGGGGCGGCGGCUGUUGCCGGUGCUGGUGCGGCGGCUGGUGCGGCCGGGAUCCCUGCAGCAGCUGGGGCAGCAGCGGCUGCGGCGGGCGCUUCAGCGGGCGAGCAGCCAGGCAGCAGCAGUCCGCCACUGGGCGAGCUGCUGGCUUUCGCAUUCCAAAGCGUGUCUUCCAUCCUCCAGGAAGUGCCCGUUCGCAUGCAAUUGCUUAGCCUCCCAUGGGAAGCCAUGGAGGCCUUGCUGGCAUCGGAGGGCUUUGCCACGGACGACGAGGCGAGUGUGGUGCUGCUGGUGGCACACAGGCGGCACUCGCACAUGAAGAACAAGUCGCCCCAGCAGGUCACUGCCGAUGUGCAACGGCUGCUGCGCCACAUCCGCUGGCCGCACGUGAGCGACGCCUUCCUGCUGCAGUACGCGCCCCACGUGUCCUGGCUUGGCAUGAGCUUUGAGCGCGCCGUGUGGCUGAGCAUGUACGCGCGGGCAACAACGCCGGAGCAGCGCUCGACCAUGGAAAGGAACGCAGUAAGACAUGAACAGGAGCAGCAGCAGCAGCAGCAGGGUGGGGCGCAGGCGGCACACGAGCACGUCAGCUUCCACCUGGAUGCGCCCGGCCACCGCGCGCCCCGCCGCCCCGCCGCCCGCUCGCCCGGUGUGCGGACCUGCGCCGUGGAUGCAAAGGAGCUCGUCCGCGUGCAGACGGGGCCGGUGGGCUCAGGAAAGCAGGAGUUUAGCGGAGCCACUGCGGCGGGCGGUUAUUUCUGGAGCCCCUACGUGUGCCGGUAUGAUGGGGGUGUGGGCGUGGUGCUGGGGUGCAAUACUCACACCUAUGACGCCAGGCAGGUUACGCCUGGCACGGCCUUCCCCGGCAAGGACGUGGUCCUCAGUGUGCUUGAUUCGGAAGGCCGGGUAGCGCACAGCCGCCCUUACGGCAGCGCCAAUGGCGGCACGGGGGCCCGCAUUAGGUUUACGGGCGAGGCGCCGCUGAUGCUGGACCUGGUGGAUAAGGCGGCGGAGGGCGAGGCGCGGUGGGCGCGCUACCUGUGGGCUGGCAAGCUGCACAUCCGGGUGGAAUUUAGGUCGUAGGCAGCCGGGGGUUGCUGAGGUGGCCAGCCGCUUGCUUGCGGGGCACACGCACACACACACGGGCGCUGGAAGCGAGCGAGCGCUUGGUUGGCUGGUUGGUUGCUCAUGGUGGGGCGGCGGGGAGUGAGGAGGCAUGGGGCGUGGCAAGGCCGUUGCCGUGCGGUACAAUAUGCGGUGACGGAAGCUUGGAGGCCGGGCAGUAUGGCUCGCGCAGCCAGAAUUGAAUGCUUGAAAGCGGGUGGGUGGGAGGCAUGUGCCCGAGUUAAUGGACAGGCCGUAACUGAUCCCCCGGGAACGUAUGCAAGGUGCGCAAUAUGAUGUGCGGGAAGCUGGGGUUCCCGGUAUGACUUACGGCAGCGCAGUGCAAUGCAGAUAAGGCUAGUCACUGCGACGUAGCUGGCUGGGUCUCGCCUGGCUCGAGGUCUGGUACGGGCUGUUGCGUGUGCAUGCCUUGCCCACGCAGGUAGGGUGCGUGCGUGCGUGCUGUGCGCGUGUUGCCUUCCUUCGCUGCUGUUGUGUAGCCGUAUGUUUUGCUUUUGAGGUCGAUAGUGGCAGCGCACUCGGCCAAUAUGGUACCUGGUCAGCCUGGUAGCGGCUGCGUUUGUAGUUCGAGGAAACAACCAGACACCGGCUAUGACCCGAAGAUGACAAUAGUAUAAAAUCCUUCGGGGCGCCUUCGGCUGCAAAAGGUGACGGUUUGGUAUGGCUUCGGCCCACGUUCUUAUUUCGAGGGACCAUUUCCUUGUUGAUUCCUCUGAUGAUUGUAUCGUGUGUUUCAGGUACGGCAGCAUGCACGUGUGUCGUACAUGCUGGGCUGUGUUGGGAUGUGGUGGUAGCAACGGCCACGCGAUGUGUGAGCAUGCUGGAGCCACCGGGGAGUCUUGUGUUGGGCUUGGCGUAGGUGCACCAUGCGGUUUGUUACAGCGAUAAGUCUGCCUCUGCAAUGGCGGUGCGGCAACAGGAGUGCAUGACGGAGCCUUGGAAGGCGAACAGUGUGUGUAUGGCAGUAAGGAGGCCACAGGCUCAGGGCAGGUGCUGCCCAGGUACCACUAACGCAGGUGCCGUUGCCGCGUCCUUUGUGCUGGGUGUAAUCGUUUACAAGUGACGGCGUUGAGAUUAUGCCGCCCGACCACUACCGCAUCCAUCGGCCAUCCAAUUGCUGUUUGGGCUGCUCAGCGGUACGCGUUCUCUGCUGCGUCAGCACACGAAACGAGCUGCAGUCCCGUGCGCCACUUCGGCCAACACUACCUUAAAGACAGCCCUAUCUCCGCAUUUGUAUCGUAGCACAUGGUAGCACAUAUCGCUGCUUCACAUACUUGGCAUGGCGCACGGCUGGGGUCGUUUCGCCAUGGUCGCCGAGGUGCGGCUUUGGUUAUUUGCAGGGAGCCCGGGAACAUUCUUGCAUACCGCACCGGUCGGAUUGCAGGAAGCUGUGAGUUCGCAGGCCGAGGUGCACGGCCCACGAGCCACGAGCCACGCACGGAUAUGGGACGAUUGUGUGUCACGCCCUAACGCGUGUACGUGCUGAUGCUGACAGAACGUGCCCUGGUUAGCUGAUAGAGGUUACAUUAGUUACAUAUGUGGGACGAUAGCCGUGGACUAAGCCCUGGUUAGAUGAUAGAGGUUACAUGUGGGACGACAGCCGUGGACUAAGCCCUGGUUAGCUGAUAGAGGUUACAUGUGGGAUGACAGCCGUGGACUUA